CAUCGAUACGUCGUUUGCUUUCGACCACGACCAUCUCGCUCUCUUCCCUUUCUUCACCAUGAUAAACCUCUCUGAACUCGUAGUGGACUUAGAUGUGGAACCACACUUAUAUUAUCGUGAAGUUCUACAGACCCUUACCAUGAAGGUCAUGUAUCCUGGCAGCCCGGACACUCAGAUAGCUUCUCUGGACGGGUUCAUCAUCUCCCGACACCGUUGCGGCGACAAUUUUCACUUUUUUCUGGACGAAGAAAACGAGGAACUUCACUGGUUAUCUGUAGUCCUGUUCGACAAGUUCGGCAAGGUCAAGCCUCAUAUUGUCUCUGAGGGAUUCCGAAGCGGUACGCGGUGCUGGGGCACGGAGCUCAGCGCUGGAAAGAUCAUUUAUGUGCACGAUGUUACCGUGUACCAGGAUCGACGACAGGGAAUCGGAUCGUUCGUCCUUCAAAAACUAUUCGAGUCGGAGAAUGUUCAAAACGAAGACAUCGUAAUAUCCUGGCCAGUAUCCAGCGAUGUUUCUAAGGAUAUCGUGGUUGCUUUUUCCCGCAAAAACGGCUUUCGACGCAUUGGCCGUACCAAUUUCUUAGGCUAUUCCCCCAAUCCAAACCACCCGUCUCGUCGUCUACUUCCAGAGAACGACGUCGAAUCUCUAGAAGACAGGUUCUUGGGACGCAAUCCCCCCCUCUCUCCCGAACUGCAAGCCUGUGGACGCGAUGCCAUCGACGAGGAGUGCCGGAAGAAAUAUCCUCUCCACUGCGCUAUCGUCGACCAGAAUACUCCAGAAAUAGCUAAAGUCAUUCAAUCUUUCUACGACAAGGAUCCCGCAAGUAUCCACGUACCCGAACGUCGAGGCUUUCUCCCCGUCUUCGCCGCGGCUCGCGCAUCGAACAUCCACGCCCUCAACAAACUGAUCGAGAUUGGCGUUGCCGAAGACCUGAAGAAUUUCGACAAUAUCGAAGGUAGCACUCCGCUGGAGGACGUCCUAAGUCUCAUGAAAUGGUCCCGCGAAAAGAGCGAGCUCCGGACAGGGAUGUGGGCGGGUAACUCAGAGAUGGACAUGAAAGUCGUUAACAUACUGAAGACGGCGAUGAAUCUUCCCACAGAUAGUUAUGUUCAGUUUAAGUUCGGCUGUACAUGCGCACAAUGUUCCGACGGCUGGCUCUCCCCGCGGAUGAGAUUUGCUUUGAGAGGUACGGAUAAAAGGUUGUGCUUGAUGAUUGCCGAGAUUGAUACCUACCUAUUACCUCCAGUUCAGGCUGCGUUCUGUAUAAAAGCUCUGCCGAUGGACCUAGGCAGCUUUACGCGUGGCGAAGCACUUGAUGCCUCAGAUACAAUGAUCGGAUGCGGGACUCUAGACUAUCUUCCACCGGCGCUCCAAAGACGCAUGUUCAAGUCCUACAUUGGGUUCACGACUGUGUUCAAAGUCAUCCAUAAGAUCCUCAGGAACGACACUCAAGUCCCAACUCUCCGGGAUAUCAAACACGACGCGGCACUCGAACGGGACAUUUCGUUUUUCAAGUCCGAGGGUGGGAGGGUGGAGUAUGUCUUGGACGCUCUUACGACCAUUGCAAAGAAGAACUCGAGGUUGAGGGACGGGACCUUCUACAAGACGUUUGGUAACGAUGAAGAUUUUCUUCGGCUUCCCGAGUGCGUGAAUGAUGAUGAGUUUGAAAUGGUGAGGGUAAUGUUGGGAUUGGAUCCGAGCGUGGGAUGGGGUCCGUACCACUCGCGAUGGGAAUGUUGACUACGUGAAUAAUUGUUGUAACUGUUAGCUCUUUUGUAUUAUGUAGUGUAAUUAUCAAAGCAGAGUCGUC